AUGUCGGACUCCACUUCUUCACCAACCCAACAAUCAAUGAAACCUAAUCCUAAUCCUAAUCCUAAUCCGAAAUCCUCCAAGAAUAUACUCCACAUCGGAGGCCUACCAGUAGAAUUCCCGUACCAGCCGUAUGGCACGCAGCUCGCGUUCAUGAACAGGGUGAUUUCGACCCUGGAUCGAUCUCAGAGGGAUGGAAACUGUCACGCGCUACUUGAGUCACCCACGGGCACUGGGAAGUCACUCUCUCUCCUUUGCUCUACCAUCGCGUGGCAGCAGAAUCGGAAAUCAAAGAAUCUUCAGGCGAAUUUGACGCACUCGAGCUCGAAGCCUAACCCCGAGGCCACCACUGAUCCUAUUAAUCAUGGCGGCGGUUUCAUUCCUGAAACCCAGCCUUCAGGAAAUCCGGGAAUAGCUCCACCUGCCAGAACAAAUUUUAGAAAAGAGAAGUCAAAACUGGCUCCCACCAUCUUUUAUUCUUCGAGGACGCAUACACAAAUCACUCAAGUGAUCCAAGAAUACAAGAAGACAUCUUACCGAGUGCCUAUGGCGGUCUUGGGAUCAAGGAAACAUUAUUGCACAAACCCACAUUUACGUGGAGAUGAUAAUAUUGAUGAGCAAUGUAAGUUGCUUUUGAAGAAUAAAGAAGUUCUCUGCUCAGAAUUCAAAAAUGUCCAUAAAGUCAAAGGUCAUCCAUCUCUUCAGAAAGGAGGCUGCCACGAGAUCCAUGAUAUUGAAGACCUUGUCAAAAUUGGACAAGCUGUCAAAGGUUGUUCAUAUUUUGCAUCACGGUCCAUGGCACAAGAUGCGGAUUUGGUUUUUUGCCCAUAUAACUACAUUAUUAAUCCCAUCAUCCGGGAUGCAAUGGAAGUAGAUAUUAGUGGGAGCAUUAUUAUUCUUGAUGAAGCACAUAAUGUGGAAGACACAGCUCGUGAUGCUAGUAGUUUUGAUGUUGACGAAGAUGCUUUGACUUAUCUGCAGACAGAACUGGAGAAGCUCAGCCAUGAUAAUUACUUAAAUUACCAUCCUUUACUGGAAAUGACACAGGACAUAUUGAGUUGGAUUGACAGGAGGAAAGAAACCUUAGUAAAGCGAGAUUUUCAACAUUACUUCCACUGCUGGACAGGAGAUAAGGCUUUAAAAGAGCUAGAGGAAGCUAACAUAACACUGCAAUGCUUUCCUAUCUUACGGGAAUGUGCCACAAAGGCAAUUAGAGCUGCUUCAGAAGAUGAGCCGGGUGUUGCUCAUUUAAGUGGAAUGGCAACAAUUAUACUUGAAGGAUUGUUCUCUUCACUCAAUUACUUCUUCUCUAGAAAUGGUGUCCAUGCUUAUGACUAUGAGUUGGCAUUGCAAAGAUCUGUUAAAAGAGAGGGUGGUGACUGGACACACACAUUUAGUUUAUGGUGCUUGAAUCCAGCUGUUGUCUUCAAAAGCAUUGCUGACGUUUCUCAGUCAGUGAUUCUAACAUCUGGGACUCUGUCCCCACUGAACACUUUCUCGUCUGAACUUGGUGUUCAAUUUGGAACAUGCCUGGAGGCUCCCCAUGUCAUAGAUGUUGAUUCACAGGUGUGGGCUUCUGUGAUUUCCAAUGGUCCAGGUAAUUAUCCAUUAAAUGCAAGUUACAAGACAGCAGAUGGGUAUGCUUUCCAGGAUGCUCUUGGCAAAUCUUUAGAAGAAAUAUGCAAAAUUGUCCCUGGUGGGUGUUUGGUAUUCUUUCCUAGCUAUAAGCUGCUGGACAAAGUAAGCAAACGUUGGCAGGAAACUGGUCAAUGGUCUCAUCUGAAUGCUCAGAAACCCCUUUUUGUUGAACCAAGGGGAAGCAGCCAGGAAGGUUUUCAGCCUGUUUUGAAGAAUUACUAUGACUCUAUUCGUCAAAGUACAAGACAGGUGAUUGGAAGAAAGAUACGCCGUAAAAAAUCAGAUUUUAAAAGUGGAGAUAAGGUGAAAUCUCCAAAAACUACUAAACCGGGUGCUGCUUUUCUUGCAGUUUGUCGAGGCAAGGUUUCUGAAGGGAUUGACUUCUCUGAUGAAAAUGCUAGAGCUGUUGUAAUUGUCGGGAUUCCCUUUCCAAACAUUAACGACAUUAAAGUUGCACAAAAGAAGAAGUUUAAUGAUAAACACGGGUCAUCAAAAAACCUUCUGAAUGGGAAUGAGUGGUACUGUCAUCAAGCAUUUCGAGCUCUUAACCAGGCUACAGGUCGUUGUAUACGACACAGAUUUGACUAUGGAGCUAUCAUCUUCUUAGAUGAGCGUUUCCGCGAAGAUAGAAACCGAGCAUACAUUUCAAAAUGGUUACGCAAGUCAAUUAGACAGUACGACAGCUUUGAGGAAUCACUACAGGGUUUAAAAUCCUUUUUCAAUGAUGUGAAGGAUCGUUUUGGCACAGCAGCUAAUUCAUCAGAAAGUACUGAUGGUAAUGACGGAAACGUCGAAUCUGUGGAUUGGAAAAGUGAAGCUACAAGGAAAGAAAAUCAGAAAGUUAACAAAUCCCGUCGUUACCAAAUGAAAUUAGAAUCAAAUGGUAUAUUACGUAGUGAAAAGGUUGCCAGGCUGAGACAUCCUUCCAUUCCAGUUACAAAGAACAAUUCAUUGUAUAAGGAUACAAAAAGUGAAGUUGUGACGCAAACAGAUGAGAAAGGUGCCAGUGUUAGUGUCUGCAGAGAAUACAUAGACCUAGAUUGUGAUUCUGACAGAGACUCGAGGUUGUCUACGGCGUUGUCCCCUGAUGAUGCUGAAUUAACCUUUGUCAAGGAAACACCAGGUAUGAAUUUCGGGAAUCCUAUAACAACUCCUGAAAUACUCCCCAGGAAUGGUUACUCGAGUCCAACAGAAAAAAAUGCCUACACUGAGGUUCCACAGCAAUCAUCAAAUGCAGCAGCUCCUACCAAAACUACCUAUAUGGCAAUGGCCACGCCUGAAAGAGGACUUACUGCUAAUGCAAACAGUAUAAUAUCUGAAGUAGAAUCGUCCUGGAGUGUCAAUUCUCAUGUUCAGAAAAGGAGAAAAUUCAUGGGUUUAUCAUCAAUUAAUAAUCUCCAGGCAUUUGAUACUCCUAUUACCCAGGCUGCUGAUAUCGUUAGUCCAUUGGGAAGCUCAGUAACAAUCACAGACGCGAACCACAGAACUGAGGAGAAAAAUAAUUCAGAAAAUGAAAGUAGCAAGUUCAAAUCUUCUCCCUCUCCGAAAGUUAAUAUUUUUGAUGGAUCCCAAGUGCCUUCUGGCCUUAACAUGAACCAGAGAUUUCAAAUCUUCUGCUCGCAAUGUAGAAAUCCAUUGGGUCUUCCUGAAAAUGAUCUUCACGUAAUGUGCUCUCUAAUUUCAUCAUCGAAAGUCCAUGUGAUAUCUCAAUGGAUGGAGACUUCAGAAACUCUAGCUUCGAGUACAUCAAGUGUGUGUGUUGUGGUGUCAGAUAUAUUGUCAGUUGAUAAGAGACUACUUGAAAGAACUGACAAUAGUGCUCCUGGACAAGGGAUUUGGUGCAAAGAAGAUGGCUGUGUUUUCAACAGUAUUUCUUGCCCCUUCUGCAAUGACCCCAACAAUUGUCUUGGUGUUCAGGUUGUGGCCACUGAUGCAUCAAAUUUUGAGUUUCAAAACAAGAUUUUGUUUUAUCUUGAUCGUUUGGAGAUUAAGAAUUCUGAAACGGCAAAAGACAAGGCUUUAUCUUCUUUUGGCGACUCAUGCACAAGUGCAUGUCCAAGUCUCAUCGAGAGAUAUGCAUAUAUUCCACCACCUCAAGAUUCAGGAGGCUGGAGGAGCACAAAAUCAAGGUUGCGAUUACCAAGGAAAGACCCGGUUUCUUCUGCCAAGUGUUGA